GCGUGAAACACCUGGAUCAUGACAGGUUACUGCUAGAGCAGAUCACGUGAUAACCACGCCACAUGCACCACGUGAUCGUGGUCAGACGGCAACAGCUUUCAACAGUUUGUAAUCCCGUGGGGGACAUGGAACAUCACGUUAAGGGAGGGGCCUGGCAGUCUGUAGAGUGCCAGAAGUUUUCUCGUGGUUGAAGCUAUCUAACGGACGUGACGUCAUUGUUGGAACAGACAAGAUGGAGGAGCGAGUCCACACGGAGGAGUGGACGGGCACCCUACAGGAAGACUUCAGCCUCUCCUCCCACCGGAUGAUCAACUUCUCCACGGCGCUCUACCACCCCUGGGGGAGCCAGACCGGAAGUGCCGUGGCCGCCAUCUUGUACACAGCCUGGAUAUCCGGCGCCAACCUGUUUUUAAUUUUUCUUCUCAUGACCAACGUCAAGCUCCUCAACAGCCGGCAGAACAUCGUGCUGCUCCACUACGCCGUGUCCGACCUGACCGUGGGGGUCUUCUACUGCCCCCUGACGGCCGACUUCUUCCUGAGGGGUCACUGGGCGCAUGGCUGCAGUAGUUUCUUCGUCUGGUUCACCUUCGUCUUCCCCUUGACCUUCCUGACCUCGCACUCGGUGCUGCUCAUCCUCACCAUGAGAAUCCUGCCGCCAUGUUUCAGACGAUACGGCCUGGUGGUGAAGACGGUGGCGCGAAACUGUGUGUUUGCCGCGUCGUUUGUCGUGCUGUGGGCCUACCUGGUGGCCAUUGGGGCGGCACUUAGUGCAGGCAGACACGACAGUGUGCAUAUAGCCAUUGCCCCACAAGUGAUCUGUAAGGCGUUGGUGGCCACGAAAGGGGCGGUAAUCAUCAAUGUCCUGGUCUACUUCCUGCCUGCCGGGCUCAGCUUGCUGCUGCUGCUGGCUGUUGCUAUACGCGAGAAGACGAUGAUGACCACGCCCACUGUACAGCUGCACCUGGAGGUCAACACGGAGCAAUGCACGGACCUCCCCCUGCACGUGCUGACACUGAUCACAGUACUCACCACCAUCCUCCCCCUCCCGGCGUUCCUCAUCUCCACCGUCAUGGCCCGGGGCGCGUGCUCGUCUGUCGACUGUAUUGCCUGGCUGCUGCCCCUGGGUACCGUCUCAGACUGGCUGCUCUUCGCAAAGUCCGGCGUCGUCCCCGUCGCCAUCUUCAUGGCUCCCGACUUCCGGUCUGCAGUCAUUGGCGCAUUGCAUCACUUCCGGCGCGUGCCGACUUCCGACACUAGGGAUCUGGUGUCCAACAUUGAGGACCCUGAGGAUGACACGCCCUUCUCCAACAUUUGAGUCACACGACAUGCCCUUCUCCAACAUAUAAGUCAGA